AUGAAUAGAUAAGGCUUAACAGGUGUCAGCUGCCUCUCAGAGAGCAAGACUCAAAUUGGAUAUCUACGCCUUAUGAGUCUACAGCAGGCACAACCCUUUGAGGGCUUUAUGCAUUGUGGUGCCGUUCAUAUUAAUUGUGUGUAAGUGUAAGGAGUUUACAGAUUUUUGGCUGCAUAAUAAAGGCCAUCAUUGCUUUGGGAUACAGCUUGAAGUUGCUGGUCUGUGAGUUUCAGUGUGUUGCUUGCUUGCCACAGAUCUGUAAGUAGUGGACACUACAUCAUUGUGUCAUUCUGGAAAGGGAACUUCUUCCUGCACGAUAAUAUGGGUCAGCGAGAGAGUGAGAGAGAAAAGACAGAGCUAAAAGUGAUGGUGUUCUGUAACACUGUGACUCUUUCCUUGACAAACAAGCAUGACACGGUUGUAGGCAGCAGUCCCCGUGCCAGCCAUAGCACGCUAACAGAUGGUGGUUGAGAUGGCAUUAAGCACCCAGACCCCCCUCCCCCGGCUGUUUUUUUCAUAAGCUACUCCUCAGCUUGUCUGAUUCUUUAUUGUUCUUCACCAAUCUUUUUUUCCAACCGGUUCCUCCGUCAUGCCGCUGUGAAUGUCCAUCCCAUUAUCAUUUUUCUCUCUCCGUCUUUCCUUUCCUGAUUUUCUUCCUCUCUCCUCUAACUUGUCCUUUUGCACUGAAUUUUACCCUGUCUGCGAACAUCGAGCUCCUCCUCGAGGCGAUGGUUUGACAAGAAAGUGGAAGAACAAGCAAGAAAGAGAGUGUGUCCGCACUGUAUGUGGGCCUGCGUUGCACGUGCACACUGUUCUGAUAGAUAAGGGAGAGGCACAGCUGUGAACUGACAGUCAGAUUAUCGCCUGCUUUCGUUGUUCUUUCCUACAAGCAGUGUGAAACUCCCCCAGACAUCCAGUCGACAGACCACACCAAAGACAGCAUGUAACAAGCACUGACACAACUCAGGAUGCUAAGACGCAAGCAUAUGGUUGCUAAUGCCAGGGGAAGUGCCAGUCCAAAACAAGUCCAGUCCAGAUCACAGAGAUUCUGAGGGUUUUUGGAGGAAGAUAACAGUUGAUGAUUCCAUGCCAUUUGAUGAAGAAAAUAACCUGCUUCUCCCUGCCUCCACCUGUCAGUCAGAGCUGUGGCCAAUGCUGUUGGCUAAGGCUCUCAUUAAAGUUGCCAACACAAAUGUAGUGUCAGAGGUCUGCGGGGAGAUGGGGGAGUUCACCUUUAUCCACACCCUCACUGGCUGGAUCCCAGAAAUCAGUCCCAUAAAGCCCGUAUACUUGGGAAAAGUCUGGGAUUUCUUACAAGACAGCAUUCCCAUAUUUACACACCCGGAUGAGAGUUUGCCAGAGACGAAGCCUCAGACUGCAGAUCCAGCUGCAGGGAGGGAUUCCAGCCUGAAUGACAGCAAGAGCAAGCUGCCAGAGCCAGAGAAAAGUAAAGGUACCCCUGAGGUAGCAGUGUGUGCUAGCUAUUACCCAUUUCAGCUGCAUAACAAUUCCUCUGGGUUUGGCCUAAUGGCUAAUUCCUCAGAGCUUCUACGUCGGUAUGGCCUCUCUUCACUAUACAGCCACAUUGUCCUAUUGACCAGAACCCGGGCCUGCCCACUGGAGGCACCACCCAAACCACCGCCUGUGCCCCGAUGGAAACUCAUCCGCCAGCGCAAGGAGAUUGUGGUCACAGAUGAACCACGGAAGCUCCCUUUGUCAAAACCAGAGCAGUUCAUCGAGGUUGCCAGCCCUUUUCUUUCCUACCGUGUCAAGAGCAGCGUUGACCCAAUCCCAGAGCUAAAAGUGAAGAGUGAGGCGAAGCAGAGCGCUCACAAGAAGCAGUGCUACGGAUCCCCUAUGGUGUCGAUUGCUGAAAAAGAGGAGACUGAAUGCCGAGAAGGCUUUGAGCCUGAUGCAGCUGAACGCACCACUAACUCAGCAAACAGCACUGACAAAAUAGAGGUUACUGCAGAGGACAGGAAAAAGGACGAUGAUGACAUCUCCAGUGAUCGGCCCAAAACUGCUCUGAAGGAACCUGUGACUGAGGAACCUUCAGCUCCUAUCAAACCCAUCCUGCAGAGGACCUGGGUGGAUCUCCAUGACUUUGCUAAAUGCUUCCAUACUCUCUUGGUGUUCCAUAAACCACAAGAAUAUCCACACCACUUUCAGAAAUCUCACCUUAAGAGCACUGUCUUGCCCAAAACUGCGACAGGCAUCAACUGCACUGGAUCAUCUUCACAGUCUCUUACUACUGGAUCCCUCCAUGUGUCAUCUGCUGUGGCAAGCCCCAAAUGUUCAGAGGUGAGAGGCACUCACUACAUGUGUGUGGACAGCCUGCAACCUUCCAAGAUCCUCAUCAGCUUCUCUGCUCUGCUUCUCUGGGGGGAGACAGCUGAAGAGAAAAAGGAAAUGUCAGCAGCAUGUAGGUCUGCAGUUCUCCUCGUCCAGCCGUACUCCUGGAAGAACCUGCAGUCUCGGCUGCCAGUUCUCACCAUCAAGACCACCUCUUCAAAGGCAGUCAUGCUUAGCUUACCCUCGGGGCGCCAUGUUUUGUCUCUCCACACCAAGGCAGCACUGGGCUACCAUGUCCACAUUUGCAGCAAGACACCUUUCAUCUUUGGGGAUGAAGAAACCAUUAUGUCACAUCUUGCCAAGGAAAGUGCUCGUUUCACAGAGCAGGCCUUGUCCAUCCUGAAGGCCCUGUCCAGAGAGGUGGCUGUCUUUAGUGAUGUGCAAGACCAGCCAGCAGCUAGAAGGGCUCUGGAAGAGGCAUUUUGUCCCAACAACAUCAGCACUACCCUGGGAAAGUGGGAACUCCACAAGGUGUUUAACUCGGCAGUCUACCAUAUGCUGUGUGAGGUCCUGGGCAGGAAGCUGACAGCAGAGGAGCGGUUUGCUGUACUGGCCGUCACUGCUGAUCCUUCACUUUUAGUGAAUGAACCCAAAGAACACUCCCCUGCAUGUAGGAGCCAUAUAAGUGUUUUAGAUGCAGAGUUAAAGCCUCCAGAAAGCUGGAAAGACAGGCAGCCAACAAACAAGGAGAUCAAGGCAGUCACCAUUCUGCAGGCUGGAUUCAAAGGGCACUUGGUGCGAAAGAUCCUUAAUGCCUCUAAACCUGGCACGAAGGAGAACCUCAGUGCAUCCAAGAUCCUUUUCGACAUGUGGCCGAAGGUUGAAUCCAAUGCAGACAAACAUGCUGCCUUCUUGCUACGGUAUAUCAUUGACCACUCUGAAAGAAAAGCAGAGCUCUACCCCUGUCAGCAGGAUGAAUCAACCAGAAUCACAUUUAGUGAUUAUUCGGUCUCCCUUCAAGACACAGCCAACUCCUGGGUCUUGGUAUUCAGAGAAGUGUUCCUGGUUCCCAAGGAGAUGCUGCUGGUACCAAAAGUGUACUCCCCAAUCCCAAACUGUCUGCUGCACGUCAUUAAUAAUGACACUGGAGAGGAGCUAGACAUGGUCUUCAACAAAGUAGUUCCACAUGUCUAUCAACCCAAUAAGCUUGGUUAUACCUUUGUAGCAGAGGCAAUUACACCUGAAUCACCACCUGCUGGUACCAAAUGGAGGAUGCGCCUGAUUGGCUCAAAGGAACCUCUUCCAAAACUGGCCUGUGAGACUCCGCUCAACACGUUCUCAGUGAAGGAAUUCUGGGAUUAUUAUGUUCCCAUUGACAAAGACUUUAUAUGCCGUUACUCUGUGCAGGUGACAGCGGACGUCCUGGGAACAGUUCAGUUUCAGACAUCCAAGCCAGAUGUAUUGAUACGUCUUUCCAUUCUGGACCAGGAGAAGGAGGUGGCCAGCAACACCGGGACAGGCCAUGUCAUAAUUCCUGUGUUCUACUUCCUGGCCAACAAAGCUGAGGAGAACCAGAAAGGAGGCCCCACCCAGGACAAGGGAGUCAAGAUGGUCAAUGCUCCCCAGCAAAGUGCUGCUGGGAAAUCAGACUCCUCGUCUGACCAGUACCAGCCUCCCACGGAGACUAUGGGUCAUAAAUAUGUGGUGAAAGCAGAGGUGCUUUAUAAGAGUUGGGAUUUGGACGAGUCUCAGCUGGCUUUUGUCCAUAUGCUCAGAGACUUGGAGAAGAAUGAAAUGAAAGUAUACAAGCCUGAAGACUUGAAGUGUUCAUCCACCACACCAAGCAAUGAUGGGCACAAGUCUGACACACCCAAAGCCAACCGCAAAGGCGAAAGUGACAAGGAGAAGUGGAAGCCAGCUGCCAGCUCCAAAUCUGGCUCCAGGCUAGGAACGAGCCUUGACCUGACCAAGGCCAAUUGGACGCUGCGUGUGGUCAGUGACAAAAGCAGAGCAGAGAGCAUCGUGGUGAAGAAGGACACAGAGAGAAUAGAGCAAAUCAAGGCCAUUAAAAAAGCAUGGGAAAUGGCUGAACCAGGCCGCUGUGCCAAGGCUUUCCAGUCUCGUCUCAAGUUUCUUAACCAAGACCAACAUCAAGCAAGUGAUGAAGCUACAACCGCUGAUGCGGAAAGCAGAGAGUCUGCUGCUUCCAGACCUGGUCCUGACACCUCUCUCAGUACAUCCAAACAAAAGCUGACCGAUACCUCAUCAUCAUAUCCUCACAUGGAUUACACUCCCUUCAUCAGACGGCAAAAGGAUUUUCCAGCACUGAUGAACUCACAGAUCGAGGAGGUCCAGCAGAGGGAGCGCUUAGAAAAGAUCCAGACCUUCCGGUUGGUCCGAGACAAUGUGCUGGAGCACCGGAAACAACAGGAGCUCAAUGGGAUGGAGUUAAUGAGACGCCAGUUGGAAAUGUAUGAGAACAUGCAGGCAGCCUUGUGGCAACACCGUAAGAAAUUCCUUGAUGCUUGCGAAGCAUUUAGUAGCCGUCAGAUGGCAGCCAUGAAAAAAGAACAAGAAGAGAAACAAGCUCUGGAGGACACCCAGCAGGCAGCUCAAGAAAAAACAAUCUCCACCUCUCCUGCCAACCGGCAGCCCAACAAACGUGCCAAGAGUGCUGGGAAGAAGAAAUGAUGGUUUUUGGCACAAACCUCCCAUCUAACUUCUCCUCAGUAGUCACCUUUCAACAAGUCUGUUUGAAUACUGAAGAAUCUUCGUUUAAUCACAACAUCGUAGCCUGUAGUUGAUGAAAGAACACCUGGCCAAAUAAUUGUUACCACACUAGAUUCAGGUGCAAGUUUAUAUAUAGUAUAUGUACGGUUGUCUUCAAGAACAUAUGAAACUUAGGAGUCUAACAAAUGUUAGUUUGUUAACUACUAUAAAAUACUUUUUUCUACCAAAGACUCAAACUUUCACCAUAUUCAUACUGUAUUCCAUAUUUAAUUAUAUUCUCAUAGAUCACAAUGUCAUCCAUCAUCUUUUAUCUAUAACCUGUAUUAUAUUUCCCUUGAAUAUAAUAAAUAAAAUAAAAAUUACAUCA